AUGUCUCCACUUCUGAGAAGCAUCUUCAAUAUCACUGAAAUGUUCAAUCAAUAUGCCUCACAUGAUUGUGAUGGGGCAGCACUAAGCAAAAAAGACCUGAAGAACCUCCUUGAAAGGGAAUUUGGAGAUGUCCUUCGGAGACCACAUGACCCUGAGACAGUAGAUCUGAUCCUGGAACUUCUAGAUCGAGACUGUAACGGGCUCAUCGAUUUCAAUGAAUUCCUCCUGUUCGUUUUCAAGGUAGCUCAAGCUUGUUAUUAUGCUCUCAGCCAGGCCUCCGGGCUGGAUGAGAAGAGGGCCAAGUGUGAGGGAAGGGAGAACCCAUUACAAGAACGCAGGCAAGAGGACCAAAGGAGAUUUGAGCCCCAGGACAGACAAUUAGAAGAACGCAGGCAGAAAAGGCAAGAACUGGAGAGGGAACUCGCUGAGGAAGAGAAGCAGCGGCUGCAGAGGCGAGAACCGGAAGAGCGCCUUGAGGAGGAAGAGCAUCUGCAGGGGCGCAAGGGUCGGGAGCUAGAGAAAUUUUCUAACCAAGAGCAAAGCCAAGAGAGGCGGGAGCAGCGAGAACUCCAGAAGGAAGUGCAGCUGCAAAGGCUAGAGCGCCAAGAGCAACGGGAGCGGGCGCUCCAGGAAGAGGAGCAGCGCGUGCAAGAGAGACGCGAGCAAGAACUGAGGCGCGAGGAGCAGCGCUUGGAGCAGGAACUGCAGCUCAAGCAGGAGGAAAGUCGUGAGCAAGAACUGAGGCGCGAGGAGCCCCGCUUGGAGCAGGAGCUGAGGCGCCAGCAGGAAGAAAGGCGCAAACAGGAGCAGAGGCGGGAGCAGGAGGAGAGACGCCAGCAGCUGAGGCGCGAGCAGGAGAGACGCGCGCAAGAACUGAGGCGCGAGGAGCAGCGCUUGGAGCAGGAACCGCGACUUGAGCAGGAAGAAAGACGUGAACAAGAACUGAGGCGCCAGCAGGAGGAAAGGCGCAAACAGGAGCUGAGGCGGGAGCAGGAGGAGAGAUGUCAGCAUCUGAGGCGCGAGGAGCAGCGCUUGGAGCAGGAGCUGAGGCGCGAGCAGGAGAGACGCGAGCAAGAACUGAGGAGCGAGGAGCCCCGCUUGGAGCAGGAGCUGAAGCGUGAGCAGCAGCUGAGGUGUGAGCAGCAGGAAAGACGCGAGCAGGAGCUGAGGCGCGAGGAACAGCGCUUGGAGCAGGAGCUGAGGCGGGAGCAGAAGAGACGAGAGCAAAAACUGAGGCGCGAGGAGCCCCGCUUGGAGCAGGAGCUGAGGCGCGAGCAGCAGCUAAGUCGUGAGCAGGAGGAAAGACUCGAGCAGGAGCUGAGGCAGGAGCAGGAGGAGAGACGCCAGCAACUGAGGCGAGAGGAGCAGCGCUUGGAGCAAGAGCUGAGGCGCGAGCAGCAGAUGAAGCAGGAGCAGGAGGAGAGACGCGAGCAGCUGAGGCGCGAGGAGCAGCGCUUGGAAAAGCAGCUCAGGCGCGAGAAGGAGCUGAGGCGCGAGGAGCCGCGCUUGGAGCAGGAGGAGAGACUCGAGCAGCAGCUGAGACGCGAGCAGGAGGAGAGACGCGAGCAGCUGAGGCGCGAGGAGCAGCGCUUGGAGCAGCAGCUCAGGCGCGAGCAGGAGCUGAGGCGCGAGGAGCCGCGCUUGGAGCAGGAGGAGAGACUCGAGCAGCAGCUGAGACGCGAGCAGGAGGAGAGACGCGAGCAGCUGAGGCGCGAGGAGCAGCGCUUGGAGCAGCAGCUCAGGCGCGAGCAGGAGCUGAGGCGCGAGGAGCCGCGCUUGGAGCAGGAGGAGAGACUCGAGCAGCAGCUGAGACGCGAGCAGGAGGAGAGACGCGAGCAGCUGAGGCGCGAGGAGCAGCGCUUGGAGCAGCAGCUCAGGCGCGAGCAGGAGCUGAGGCGCGAGGAGCCGCGCUUGGAGCAGGAGGAGAGACUCGAGCAGCAGCUGAGACGCGAGCAGGAGGAGAGACGCGAGCAGCUGAGGCGCGAGGAGCAGCGCUUGGAGCAGCAGCUCAGGCGCGAGCAGGAGCUGAGGCGCGAGGAGCCGCGCUUGGAGCAGGAGGAGAGACUCGAGCAGCAGCUGAGACGCGAGCAGGAGGAGAGACGCGAGCAGCUGAGACGCGAGGAGCCCCGCUUGGAACAGGAGAGGCUGAAAGAGCAGCUCAGGCGCGAGGAGCAGCUGAGACGCGAAGAGCCGCGCCUGGAGCAGGAACUGAGACGUGAACAGGAAGAGAGACUCGAGCAGCAGCUGAGACGCGAGCAGGAGGAGAGACGCGAGCAGCUGAGGCGCGAGGAGCAGCGCUUGGAGCAGCAGCUCAGGCGCGAGCAGGAGCUGAGGCGCGAGGAGCCGCGCUUGGAGCAGGAGGAGAGACUCGAGCAGCAGCUGAGGCGCGAGCAGGAGGAGAGACGCGAGCAGCUGAGACGCGAGGAGCCCCGCUUGGAACAGGAGAGGCUGAAAGAGCAGCUCAGGCGCGAGGAGCAGCUGAGACGCGAAGAGCCGCGCCUGGAGCAGGAACUGAGACGUGAACAGGAAGAGAGACUCGAGCAAAAGCUGAGGCGCGAGCAGGAGGAAAGACGUGAGCAGCUGAGACGCGAGGAUCCCCGCUUGGAACAGGAAAGGCGGCAAGAGCAGCUCAGGCGCAAGCAGCAGCUGGCUGAGGAGGCGGUGGAACAGGAAGAGGCCGAAGAGCGGGGCAAGAGCCGCACCCCAAGGUGGCAGUGGCAGCUCGAAAGUGAGGCAGAAGCUCGUCAAAGCAAAGUCUACUCCAGGCCCUGCUGGCAGGAGCAGAAGCACUGCCCGGAGCGGGAGGAGAAGAGGCGGCGCCAGGAGCGCGAGCGGCAACUCCGGGAGCAAGAGGAGGGCGACCAGUGGCAGCGCGGGUUCCGGCCCCUCUGGGAGGAGCGCGAACUGCGGCUGCAGCGGGAGGAGCAGGCACGCCUGCAGAGGGAGGAGGAAGAGCCGCGCCCCGAUUUCAGAUGGCAGUGGCAGGCUGAGAAAGAAAGCGAGAGGCGCCGCCAGAGGCUGUCGGCCAGGCCCGCGUCGCAAGAGCUGCGGGAGAAGCAGUUAAGAGCGGAGGAGCGGCAGGCGCGGGAGCUGUUCUGUGAAGAGGAGGAGCAGCGCCCCCAGCGACUCGAGAGGGAGCUGGAGCAGGAGGUCCGUAAGGAGAAGCAGCUCCAGUUGGAGGAAAGCUUCCAAGAGGACCGAGAGAGGAAGCUACACCAGGAAGACCAGCGCCACGACCAAAAAUGGAGGUGGCAAGCAGAUGAGGAAAGCCAGAGACGCCGCCACACAGUGUACGCCAAGCCAGCUGAAAGAGAGCAGCUGAGGGAAGAAGAGCAGCUGCAGAGGGAGGAACGCGAAAAGAGGCGCCGCCAGGAGCAGGAGAGACAAUAUCAGGAGGAAGAGCAGCUGCAGAGGGAGGAACGCGAAAAGAGGCGCCGCCAGGAGCGGGAGAGACAAUAUCGGGAGGAAGAGCAGCUGCAGCAGGAGAAAGAGCAGCUGCAGAGGGAGAGGAGGCGCGAACAGCGCGACAGACAAUAUCUGGAGGAUGAAGAGCUGCAGCGCCUAGACGGGAAGCGGCAAUUCCAGGAUGACGAUCAGCGCGGUGAUCUGAAAUGGCAGUGGCAACCAGAAAAGGAAAAUGAAGUUCGUAAUCAUAGGGUUUACUCCAAACGCAGAGAGAACGAAGAAAAGAUUCAGGAGGACGACAAGAAGUUCCGCCAGGAGGAGCAGCUCCUGCAGGAAAGGGAGGAACAGCUGCGCCGCCAGGAACGCGACAGAAAGUUCCGUGAGGAGGAGCAGCUCCUGCAGGAAAGGGAGGAACAGCUGCGCCGCCAGGAACGCGACAGAAAGUUCCGGGAGGAGGAGCAGCUCCUGCAGGAAAGGGAGGAACAGCUGCGCCGCCAGGAACGCGACAGAAAGUUCCGCGAGGAAGAACAGCAGCUGCGCCGCAGGGAACGUGAGCAACAGCUUCGCCAGGAGCGAGACAGAAAGUUCCGAGAGGAGGAGCAGCUCCUGCAGGAAAGGGAGGAACAGCUGCGCCGCCAGGAACGCGACAGAAAGUUCCGCGAGGAGGAGCAGCUCCUGCAGGAAAGGGAGGAACAGCUGCGCCGCCAGGAACGCGACAGAAAGUUCCGCGAGGAAGAACAGCAGCUGCGCCGCAGGGAACGUGAGCAACAGCUUCGCCAGGAGCGCGACAGAAAGUUCGGCGAGGAGCAGCUCCUGCAGGAAAGGGAGGAACAGUUGCGCCGCCAGGAGCGCGACAGAAAGUUCCGUGAGGAGGAGCAGCUCCUGCAGGAAAGGGAGGAACAGCUGCGCCGCCAGGAACGCGACAGAAAGUUCCGCGAGGAGGAGCAGCUCCUGCAGGAAAGGGAGGAACAGCUGCGCCGCCAGGAGCGCGACAGAAAGUUCCGUGAGGAGGAGCAGCUCCUGCAGGAAAGGGAGGAACAGCUGCGCCGCCAGGAACGCGACAGAAAGUUCCGCGAGGAAGAACAGCAGCUGCGCCGCAGGGAACGUGAGCAACAGCUUCGCCAGGAACGCGACAGAAAGUUCCGCGAGGAGGAACAGCGCCUGCAGGAAAGGGAAGAACAGCUGCGCCGCCAAGAGCGCGACAGAAAGUUCCGUGAGGAAGAACAGGAGCUGCGUCGCAGGGAACGUGAGCAACAGCUUCGCCAGGAGCGAGACAGAAAGUUCCGCGAGGAGGAGCAGCUCCUGCAGGAAAGGGAAGAACAGCUGCGCCGCCAAGAGCGCGACAGAAAGUUCCGUGAGGAAGAACAGGAGCUGCGUCGUGAGCAACAGCUUCGCCAGGAGCGAGACAGAAAGUUCCGCGAGGAGGAGCAGCUCCUGCAGGAAAGGGAAGAACAGCUGCGCCGCCAGCAGGAGGAGCAGCAGAGGCGCCGUGGCCAAGUCUGGGAAAAAGGAGACAUGGGCAGUCAGCAGUCUCUGGAGCCUGGCAAGCGUCAGUUUGCCAGUGUCCCGGUGCGCUCCAGCCCUCUCUAUGAGUACAUCCAAGAGCAGAGAUCUCAGUACCGCCCAUAGAAGAUGCUGCCAAUAUCCGGACACCUACCAAAGCUUCCAGCAAAAGAAAAUGAGGAACACUGGAUACCAAAUGACUCAAAUGUUUCUGGUUGUGGGAGAACUCUCUGAUGUUCCAAAAUCUUUUUUUCCAAAACCUUAAA